AUGCCGUUCUUCAGCGACGACUCGUUCCACAACGUACUCUCCUUCGCGCUGUUCUCCAUCUGCGCCGGCCUGGUGGCCGCGCUCGUGUGGGUGCUGCUGCGUCGGUUGCGGCGCCAGCGGCAGAUGUGCGACCAGGAAACCAUGACUGUCGAGCCGAGCGCCAAGCAGGGUAGCAUCCUCGAGUCGGGCGCGGGCGCCAGCCACAAAGAAAGCGUGCCGCAAAUGCCUGGCCUGGACACGGCCACCCAUGACAAACGGAAGCAGAGUGCCGGCGAAGGGCAGCACCAAGCCGCUUCCGGUUCACCGACAAAGACAGCUGCAGCAGAAAGCGCCAAAACCUCGCCUCCGGGAGCCGCGGAACGAGUCGCCGAAACCAAAGCAGAAUCCAAGGAGCAGUCGGUCGCAGCCGCUGCAGGCUCGCCCGGUGACUCCAGGCAGGCGAGUGUUCUCACAAACAAGUCCAAGAAGCGCCGGCACUCCGAGUCCAAAAAGUCGCCGGAGAGCAGUAGCGCGGCCGACAAGGCAGAUGGCAAGGGACGGCGGAGCAGCGUCCCCUCAAAGACCGCCUCGAAAACCGGAUCAAAAGCUGGCUCUAAAGCCGGCUCGAAGCCAUCCUCGAAGCCAUCCUCGAGACGAGGCUCGAUGCAGCAUUCUAAAACGUCGCCGAGCAAGGAGUCCGCGGGGGCGGUCCGCAAGAGCUCCUCGUCGGAGCUGCCCGGCGUCCCUGCGCUGCUGAUCCGGCGGCCGUCCACCAGUUCCAAGAGCUCGCAACGCUCGAACCGCUCCACGCGCUACGUGCGUGAAUCACCCAAGGUUGACCCACCCUUGGAUGUCUUCUCGAGGGAGCACUCGUCAAUGGCGGAGUCGCCGCCCUCCCAAUCUACGCACAGCCCGCCGCAGGCUGUUGUGGUGACCGAACCCGCAAAGCCGCCAGAGGCGCCUCACGCGUCGUCCUCCAAGACCGAGGCGUCGGAGAAGCCUCGAACGGAGGCCACGACGGAUGGUGGUCAAUGAUCACCAUCCAUCCUGCU